AUGGAUUGUGGUAAGAUACCACGAACGCUUUGGGAGCAUGAUUCUCCAACGGACACCGAAAUGUAUGCUUUCAUGAAAAGUAUUAAUAGCAAUUUUGAGUCAUUUCAAGACCUCUACAACUAUUCGGUUCAAAACCGGCCCGCUUUCUACGAUCAGCUCUUUCGGUGGGCCAACCUUAUCCACGAAGGUUCCUACGAUACCGUCAUUGACGAACACGCUCCGAUUGACUCUAUACCUGUCUGGUUCCGUGGAGUGCGCCUUAAUUGGGCGGAAAACAUACUCUUUUCUCGAGACAUUUCCGAUCCGAGGGAUCACCGGGGGACCCGAACAAAAUCCAAUGACAAGACUGCUGUAACGGAAAUCCGUGAGGGAACCACUGAGAUCAGACACGUGUCGUGGGCCCAGUUGCGCCAUAAUGCUGGCCGUCUAGCAGCCGCCCUCAAGGCUCGCGGUCUCCGUCAGGCAGAUCGUGUUAUAGUCAUCGGCGCCAACUCUCGAGAGACCUUGCUGGUCUUUCUGGCGACGACAUGGCUAGGGGGUAUAUUCAGCAGCAUUUCAACUGACAUGGGUACGAACGGCAUUUGGCAAAGGGCUAGCCAAGUCAACCCGAAGUUUAUCUUCUUUGAUGACGCCGCGGUCUACAACGGCAAAACCGUUGAUCUACGCCCAAAAGUCAAAGCCUUAUUGACCCGGCUGAGAACAUGCACGAAUCUAUGUGCGGCGAUUGUCACUCCGCGCUUUGAUGAACCCAAGGAUAUUUCUUCCAUACCGGGGGCAGAGACACUUCCGGAUUUUCUUAACUCUACUACCACAGCUGCCAUGCCAUCUUUUGUUCGUAUUCCCUUCCACGACCCUUUUCUGAUCUGCUAUUCUUCCGGUACCACAGGGAAUCCCAAAGCUAUCGUACAUAGUGUUGGCGGAGUGCUCCUGAACUUGCUAAAGGAAGGGCGCCUCCACCAGUCCACAUCGGCCGAUUCGGUUACGUUGCAGUACACCACCACCAGUUGGAUUAUCCCCCGAUGGAUGUUGGAGAUGGCCAAGAAUAAUAUCAGUCCACGAGAAAGAGUCGAUCUCAGUGCCCUGAAGGUAGUCACCAGUACAGGGAUGGCGCUAACUGAUGAGAUGUUCGAGUGGUUUUACGACCUCGGUUUCCCACGGCAUACGCAUUUGAUCAACAUGUCUGGAGGAACAGACAUUGCGGGGUGUUUUGGUGUGGGAAAUCCACUCACUCCUGUCUAUGUAGGAGGUACACAAGGGCCAUCUUUGGGAGUGCCUAUUGCUGUUUUUGACUCCCAAUGCGAAGAUACCGUUGGGGUCCCUGUGCCGCCUGGCGUCGCUGGAGAGCUCGUCGUUACUGCUGCCUUUCCCAAUAUGCCUUGUUUCUUCUGGGGUGACGCUCCUCCGUCCGGCGCCGCCACAGCAGGGUCAAAAUACCAUUCAUCUUACUUUAAUAGGUUCGAACAUGUGUGGACACAUGGAGACUUUUGCAUUAUUCACCCCACGACAUCCAAUAUCCAUUUUCUGGGCCGUUCGGAUGGCGUCCUCAACCCGUCAGGGAUUAGAUUUGGAAGCUCCGAGAUUUACGCAGUCAUUGAAGCCUACUUCUCUAACCAAGUCGCCGACAGUCUAUGUGUUGGACAGAGAAGAUCUGGAGAUGAUGACGAAAGAGUCUUGCUGUUUCUACUCAUGAGGAAAGGCCAAACUCUCACUCGAGACCUAACGAAACACAUUCAAUCCACCAUCGCGAAAGCACUCAGCAAGAGGCAUACCCCAAAAUAUAUCUUCGAGACUCCAGAAAUACCGGCAAGUUGA